AUGUCUGCUAAAUAUUUACCAGGCGGCAAAAAAGCCAAUGAAGGAAUUAAUUUUGUUCCGGGAACCGAUGAGAAAGGAUUUCUGAUUAUGAAAGUAGAAAGUGGCAAUUAUGGAAAAAAAGUUAGUCAGUCAAUUCGCAAAGUUGUCAAAUACUUAGCCGACGACGGUCAUAAUCUCAUCCUUGAUGAAUCCAAAAAAUAUUAUACUAGUAUUAUUUCGGACAAAAAUGCGGAAAAAAAAGGAGCAGGGUAUUUUGUCAAAGAUAAUUUUUGGACCCAGAAAUUUUCUACUGCCGCUUCAUCAAAAUUUUUGGACGAUUUUCAGCCCAGCCAAAAUGCUUUUGUCAUUGAGUUACUGGAAAAAAAGAAAAAAAAACUGGUAGGCAAGGUUGUUUUAGAUGAAUUUGCUUGCGGAGGAACUGGGCUUCAUGCUGCCACCGGACCGAUUUUUAAUCCCUACAAUCCCUCUUGUAUAGUAGGAGGUUCCUCGUCGGACUCCAUUCGUCGCCCUGCCGCCUAUUGUGGAAUAGUUGGCUUUAAGCCCUCUUAUGGCCUUAUUUCUCGUAGUGGAGUUAUCUCCAUGGCUUCCUCUUUGGAUACAGUAGGGAUUUUAGCCCGCGAAGUCCAAGUUAUAAAGUCGGUUUUUUCCAUUAUUUCCCAACCCGAUCUGCAUGACCUCUUAACAGUAGCAAAACGAAAAAAAAUCCUCUCUCGUCCCAAAAAUAAAAUUGCGGUGGUGGCCGGAAUAGAAAAAUACUUAUCGAGUGAACUAAACAAUCUUUAUCAUAAAACUAUCAAAAAACUGGAAAAGGCAGGAUACCCAAUUGAAAAAAUAACGAUACCGAAAAACAUACGAGAACAUUUACAAAUUACUUAUCUAAUUCUCUGUUCUAGUGAAUUAAUUAGUCAUCUUAAUUCGCUUCAAGGAAUAACUUACGGUCCUCAUGAAAACAUUGCCAUUACUCACAAGCGAAGUAAAUACUUGGGAGAAAUAGUGAAACAACGGCUAUUAAUCGGGUCUUAUUUUUUAGAAAACCAAGAAUUAUUUGUCAAGGCUCAAAAAAUGCGUUAUUUAGUAGAUAAGUGGGUGAAAAAAAUCUUGCAAAAUUAUGAUUUUCUAGUUUUUCCCAGCACUAAUAGCACCGCUCCACCGGCGGCUAAUUUUAAUCAUUCUUUUGCUGGAUUAAUAUCUUCUCAUUGGAGCGAUAAUUUAUUGCUUUUAGCCAAUUUCGCUGGUUUACCCUCUUUAAGUUUACCUAUUGGUUUUGUUAAUGAUUUGCCGGUUAGCAUUAAUAUAAAUAGCAGUUAUGGAAAUGACAAAAAAGUUUUAGCAUUGGCCGAAGAGUUGGAAAAAUAA